UACCCCCCCAGCCGCCAGAUGAUCACCACACCACUCCGCCGCUCCCUCGCCACGCCGGCCCUUCGGCCGGCCCUGACAGCCGCCGCCGGCUUUAGUUCCUCCGCCUCGAAGGCGCCGCACUUCGAGCGCCGGGUUUUCUCCGGCAUCCAGCCAACCGGCAUGCCGCACUUUGGCAACUUCGCCGGUGCCCUCAGCAACUGGGCUCGCCUCUCGGCCGAGUACCGCCAUGAGGCCUACCCCCCGCAGCAGUCGGACGGUCCGCUGGCCCACCCCUCGCAACUGUACUGCAUCGUGGACCUCCACUCGCUGACGGUUCCCCGUCGCCCCGGGGCCCCGACGCCGGCCGAGCAAACCCGCGACAUGGCCAUCGGCAUCCUGGCGUCCGGGGUCCGGGCCCACGGGUAUGACGGCCCGGCCGGGCCGUCCAACCCUGACGUUGUGCUCUUCUGCCAAAGCCACCUGCACGAGCACUCCGAGCUGACCUGGCUGCUGACCUGCCAAACGCCGAUGGGCAUGCUGCGGCGGAUGACCCAGUGGAAGGACAAAUGGCAGUCCAUGAACAAGGCAACCACCGAGACGGAGAACCUUGGCCAGGGCGACCCGGAGAACCUGCUCGCCGGAUUGAUGAUGUACCCGGUCCUGAUGGCGGCCGAUGUCCUGGCCUAUCGCGCCACCGAGGUCCCGGUGGGGGACGAUCAGCGCCAGCACCUGGAAUUGGCCCGCGAGCUGGCCCGCAUGUUCAACAACUCCACCAAGCGCACGGUCUUCCCGCCCCCGCGCACGGUCCUGCCCGACCUGGCCCCGGGGGCAGCCCGGCUCAUGAGCCUGCGCGAUCCGACCCGGAAGAUGUCCAAGUCCGACCCGGCGGCCGGGUCACGCCUGAUGAUCGACGACUCGCCGGAGGACCUGCGCCGGAAGAUCGCCCGCGCGGUCACCGACUCCGAGAUGGGGGUCACCUAUGAGCCGGAUCGCCGGCCCGGGAUCGCCAACCUCCUGUCCAUCAUGGCUCUCUGCCAGAAUGACCUGCGGACCGCGGCCGACCUGGCCGCCGGGGUGGUUCACACCCCGGAGUCCCUGGCCCGGGAUCUGGCCCAUGCCGGGCAUGCGGUCCUCAAGCAGGCAGUGGCCGAUGCCCUGUGUGCGCGCAUGGCCCCGGUGCAUGAGGAGGUCAGCCGCCUGCGCGCCGACCCGGACCUGGUGGAUGAGAUCCUACGCAUGGGGGCCGAGCGUGCGCGUGCCAUCGCUCGGGAAACCAUGGUCGACGCACGCGCGGCCCUCGGCAUGCUGGAGCGGUGGUGAGCAGCGAGGAGGGGAAGAAAGAAGAAAAAAAAAAGAACAAGGCGCGUGCCGACAACACCGCGCGAGAGUUCAGUCACCUCGCUCUCGGGCCCCCGACCGCGCCCCUCCGGCCCGGCUGACGGCGACACUCCGGCAGCCCCGAUCUCGCGCCGGCCGAGCAAAAUAGAUCGAUCGAUAGCAUGUGACCGAUCGGAGAACCGCA